AUGUACUUCCUGCGGCAGCUCAGGAAAGCCAAGCUGCAGUUCUACACGGCCAUCAUCGAGUCCAUCCUCACCUCCUCCAUCCCCUCCUCCAUCACCUCCUCCAUCACCUCCUCCAUCACCUCCUCCGUCACCUCCUCCAUCACCUCCUCCAUCACCUCCUCCAUCACCUCCUCCAUCACCUCCUCCAUCACCUCCUCAUCACCUCCUCCAUCACCUCCUCCGUCACCUCCUCCAUCACCUCCUCCAUCACCUCCUCCAUAA